GGGGCGGGGUUAAGGGGAGCUGAUGUUAGGUUGGUCUGGAGGGUCCCUGUAUCCAGGAAGAGGAUAUGAGAAGAGCAGCUUUGCAGGUAGAGCUCCCCAACGGAGUACCAUGUGAAGGUCUGACAGAGCCCCUUGAUUCGUGGGACAGGAGAGACGUCCCUCUUUCAGUCCAGAAGGGGCAAAUUCUUUGAACGUUUUUGUCUGCUUCAGUAGGCUCUUAAAGUAUCGUCUUUACCUGAACCACAGGGGCACGUGCCUGAGCCAGUUUGCCCACUGUGGGGAAAGGAAGUCUCAGGAGGCAUUCCGCGCGCCAUGGAGAAACCGUGGAAGUGUGGGGAUUGCGGGAAAGGAUUCCGCUCCCCCUCCAAGCUGGAGAUCCACCGCCGUGUCCACACCGGGGAGAGGCCGUUCAGCUGCUCGGUGUGCGGGAAGGGCUUCAGCGACUCGUCCACCCUGCUGACCCACCAGCGGGUCCACACCGGGGAGCAGCCCUUCACCUGCUCAGUGUGCGGGAAGGGCUUCACCCGGCUGUCCACCCUGCUGACCCACCAGCGGCUCCACACCGGGGAGAGGCCGUUCGCCUGCUCCGAGUGCGGGAAGGGCUUCAGCGACUCGUCCACCCUGCUGCGGCACCAGCAGGUCCACACCGGGGAGAGGCCCUUCACCUGCUCCGUCUGCGGCAAGGGCUUCACCCAGUCGUCCACCCUGUUCUCACACCAGCGGGUCCACACCGGGGAGAGGCCGUUCAGCUGCUCCGUCUGCAGCAAGAGCUUUACCCAGUCGUCCACCCUGUUCUCACACCAGCGGGUCCACACCGGGGAGGGGCCGUUCAGCUGCUCCGUCUGCAGCAAGAGCUUUACCCAAUCGUCCACCCUGCUGACCCACCAGCGGGUCCACACCGGGGAGGGGGCCUUCACCUGCUCCGAGUGCGGGAAGGCCUUCACUAAGUCGUUGAAACUGAAGUCCCACCAGCAGGUCCACACCGGGGAGCGGCCCUUCACCUGCUCCGUCUGCGGCAAGGGCUUCACCCGCUCGUCGCACCUGCUGCGGCACCAGCGGGUCCACACCGGGGAGCGGCCCUUCACCUGCUCGGUGUGCGGCAAGAGCUUUACCCGCUCGUUCAACCUGCUGGCCCACCAGCGGGUCCACACUGGGGAGCGGCGCUUCACCUGCUCAGUCUGUGGCAAGGGCUUCCCUCACUCGUCCACCCUGCUGCAGCACCGGCAGGUCCACACCGGGGAGCGGCCCUUCACCUGCUCCGUCUGCGGCAAGGGCUUCCCUCACUCGUCCGACCUGCUGCGGCACCAGCAGGUCCACACCGGGGAGAGGCCGUUCAGCUGCUCGGUCUGCGGCAAGAGCUUUACCCGCUCGUCCGACCUGCUGGCCCACCAGCGGGUCCACACCGGGGAGAGGCCGUUCAGCUGCUCGGUCUGCAGCAAGAGCUUCACCCGCUCGUUCAACCUGCUGGCCCACCAGCGGGUCCACACUGGGUAGCGGCCCUUCACCUGCCUGGUCUGCGGCAAGGGCUUCCCCCAUUCGUCCGGCCUCCAGAUCCACCAGUGGGUCCACACGGGGGAGCAUCCUUCCGAUAGACCAGAAGUGCACAUAAUACAGAGAAACUUCGAUUAUCCAGAAUUAGAUGAACCAGCACGGUGGCUCAGUGGUUAGCGCUGCUACCUCACAGUACCAGGGACCCAGGUUUCAUUCCUGCCUCAGGCGACAGACUGUGUGGAGUUUGCACAUUCUCCCCGCGUCUGCGUGGGUUUCCUCCUAGUGCUCCGGUUCCGUCCCACAGUCCAAAGAUGUGCAGGUCAGGGUGAAUUGGCCAUGCUAAAUUGCCCGUCGUGUUAGGUAUAUUAGUCAGAGGGAAAUGGGUCUGGGUGGGUUACUCUUCGGAGGCUCAGUGUGGACUGGUUGGGCCUGUUUCCACACUGUAAGGGAUCUAAUCGUCAAGCGACUGAAAUACACCCUGCAUGUGUCCUUUGGAUAAUCGAGGUUCCUGUGUAUUCCAAAAGUGGCCUAACCAACGUCCUGUCCAGACCCCAACCCCUAUACUCAGUGCUCUGGCCAUAAAGUGAUCUGUAGAAUCUGCGGGACUUGCUUAAUCCUGGAAGGUAAAUCACGUGUUUCUCCUUCUCUUGCAGGUGGAUCCAAGAUUUCACUCUCUGUCCCAUUGAGUCUCCAGUCAGGUCCUUCAGCUCAACUGGUCUCUCUCAGUAUUUCUGACCCAUGUGAGCCUCUACGCACCUCCCCUUCACUUGCUCACACUUGAUUUCCCUUACAGCAGCAUUCCCUUCAGUUCCUUUCUCCCUGACGUCUGUAUCCAGCUUCUCCUUAAAUGCCGUCCACCUCGACCUGCUACUGUGGGGGCCAUUCCCGCUGCAGACAGAGGUCUCUCCUUUGUAACCUCUUCAAAAGAUUAACCGCUGACUUCCCCCUUCAGUCUUUUCCAUUUCUGGGUCUCCCCGCUGUUGCGAAACUUGGAAUGGUUCAGAAAAGAUUUACAAGGAUGUUACCAGGGUUGGAGGAUCUGAGCUACAGGGAGAGGCUGAACAGGCUGGGGCUGUUUUCCCUGGAGCGUCGGAGGCUGAGGGAUGACCUUAUAGAGGUUUACAAAAUUAUGACCGGCAUGGAUAGGAUAAAUAGGCAAAGUCUUUUCCCUGGGGUUGGGGAAUCCAGAACUAGAGGGCAUAGGUUUAGGGUGAGAGGGGAAGAUAUAAAAGAGACCUACAGGGCAACUUUUUCAUACAGAAGGUGGUGUGUGUACGGAAUGAGCUGCCAGAGGAUGUGGUGGAGGCUGGUACAAUUACAACAUUUAAGAGGCAUUUGGAUGGGUAUAUGAAUAGGAAGGGUUUGGAGGGAUAUGGGCCGGGUGCUGGCAGGUGGGACUAGUUUGGGUUGGGAUAUUUGGUCGGUACGGACGGGUUAGACCGAAGGGUCUGUUUCCGUGCUGUACAUCUCUUGACAAAGCCUUGUCUGAGGGUGAAAUGUUGUCAUUCCCGUUGAUGCGGGUGGUCCCCUGUCUGUUGUCCUUUUUGUUUCCUUUCUCGGAAAGGACGUCGCGGACAUGGGCAGCGUUCCCGAGCCCCGCUCCGGAACGGGUUGUUCCGUCCUCUUCCAGGCCCCGGGGUGGGGGGAAGGGGCAGCUUGAGUGCAGUGGGAGAGUGGGCCAUUCACUGGGAGGGUGCCAAUGGGACGGGAGAGCGGUACCGGUAAUGGGGCGAGGGGGAGAUGCCUCAGACCGCCAGAAACACUGGGGCAGCUGCUCGCGUGCUCCUUUUGGAUCUCACAGCACAGGGAGGCCAUUCAUCUGAUUACCUCCCCGUCUCUGUCUCUCUGGCUCUGUCUCUGGCUCUCUCUGUCUGUGUCUCUGCGUCUGCCUCUGCGUCUGUCUGUCUCUCUGAGGUGACAGCGGGUUCCAGCAUAUUGCUGCUUGCUGGGUAAACCUGUUUUUCCUCUGUUUUCCCCCUCUCUCUCCUGCUCAAACCCCUGACCUUCAGGCCGCCCCUGACCUUGUCACUAUCAGUGAAUAGGGAACAGCUUUUCUUCCUCCACCUUAUCUGAACCUAUCACAAUCUUCCCCACUUUCACCAGUUGUAUCUGUGUGUGACCCUCUCUUUCUGUGUCUCUUUCUCUCCUAAGCCCCCUCCCUCACCACAUCCCAUUUACCCACCCCCUCCUGUCAUGCUCCCACUUUCAAACGGUCUCGUUGUGUUUUCACUGCCUCUUCCCCAUCGUUUCCGUCAAGCACCUCAUCUCACGCUUAGAACCCCUGCAGUGUAGGAGCAGGCCCUUCAGCUCAUCCAACCCACACCUCCCCCAGACCUCUGCCUGUAACCCUGCAAUUCCCAUUGACUAACCCACCUAGCCUACACAUCCCUGGGCACUAUGGGUAAUUUAGCACGGCCAAUGCCCCCUAACCUGCACAGCCCUAGGCACUAUGGGUAAUUUAGCACGGCCAAUGCCCCCUAACCUGCACAGCCCUAGGCACUAUGGGUAAUUUAGCACGGCCAAUGCCCCCUAACCUGCACAUCCCCAAACACUAUGUAAUUUAGCACGGCCAGGCCACCCAAACCUGCACAUCCCUGGAUAGUAUAGGACAAUUUAGCCUGGCCAAUCCACCCUCACCUACACAACCCUGGACACUAUGGGUAGUUUAGCCUGACCAAUCCACCCAAACCUGCACAUCCCUGGAUACUAUAGGACAAUUUAGCCUGGCCAAUCCUACACUAAGGGUGGAUUGGCCAUGCUAAAUUACCCAUAGUACCCAGGGAUGUGUAGGUUAGGGUCGAUUGGCCAUGCUAAAUUACCCAAUCCUACACAUCCCUGGGUACUGUUAGGAUAAAAUAGGUCAAGGGAGGGUGGAGCUAUAGCUGCUGUUUGGGGAAUUGAAACUGUAGCUGUAGCUGCUACUUGGGAAAUCGAAACUGUUGCUUACGUGGCCAGCUCAGCUGCCAACGCCCAAAUGAGCUCAAUAACAGGAAACGCCUAGCAAACGCGAAAUGUCCUAAUAAGGCAAUGCUUAGUAGCUCCGCGAAGCUCUGCUUAGCAAAGAGUAUAUCAGGAGCAGAUUUGGGAGGGGAAGGCAGAACGUGCCUUCUCCAGUGAAUGCAUGGUGAUUCACUGUAUCAGCUACGAUUCUGCAAUAAAGCCUGCUUGUGCCAAACAA